UUUACGGCUAAAAUAUAAAGCAUCAUCAUGGAGGGCGUGAUUGUGGGUCUGAUCCUAGCUGCGUUGGUUUGGUUUGGUACUUCGGCUUUGAAACGAAAGCAGCGUAAGGUGGUGGAAACUAGCGUGGAGUUUCAGCUUCAGCUCCAGCUUCCACCCGGACCACCGUGUUGGCCUGUGGUUGGCAACAUUUUCCAACUGGGUUGGUCACCCCACGAGUCCUUCGCCCAACUGGCUCGUAAAUACGGCCCGAUCAUGACCCUUUGGUUAGGCUCCAUGUGCACCGUGGUCAUAUCCUCCAGCGAAGUGGCUCGCGACAUGUUCAAGAACCACGACGUUGUUCUGGCUGGCAGGAAGAUAUACGAGGCUAUGAAGGAUGAUUACGGCCACGAGGGUUCUCUCAUCACGUCUCAAUACGGCCACCACUGGAAGAUGCUGAGGCGCCUGAGCACCACCGAGUUCUUCGUCAUGAGCCGGUUAGACGCCAUGCAAGGGGUUCGCAGGAAGUGCAUAGACCGUAUGGUUCACUUCAUUGAAGAAGCUGGCGGUGGUGGUGCCUCUAUUGAUAUUGGGAGGUUUUUUUUCUUAAUGGCUUUUAAUCUCAUUGGGAACCUUAUAUUCUCGAAGGACUUGCUGGAACCAGAAUCGAUGAGGGGACAAAAAUUCUUUUACCACGCGGGGAAGGUGAUGGAAUUGGCUGGGAAGCCAAAUGCUGCAGAUUUCUUGCCAUUUUUGAGGUGGCUUGAUCCUCAAGGAAUAAAGAGGAAGUCGCAGUCUCACAUAAAGCGAGCCUUCGAGAUCGCAGGCUGCUUCAUCAAAGAAAGGAUGGAGAGCCGCAGAGAUGAUUGCCGAUGCGCAGAUCAAGACAAGAGGAAAGACUUCUUAGAUGUCUUGCUGGAGUUUCGUGAAGGAGGAGUCAACGGCACCUAUAGUUUUUCUCCGAGGACAAUUAAUGUCAUUGUCUUCGAAAUGUUUGCUGCAGGGACAGACACCACAACAAGCACGCUGGAGUGGGCGAUGGCAGAGCUGUUGCACAGUCCGAAAACGCUGCACAAAGUGCAGGCUGAGCUAAGGAGCAAAAUAGAGCCAAACAAGAAGCUGGAAGAAAAGGACAUGGAGGACCUUCAUUACCUAAAAGCAGUGAUCAAGGAGACACUGAGACUUCACCCACCUCUUCCUUUCUUGGUGCCUCACAUGGCCAUGGACUCUUGCAAGAUGCAAGGUUAUUACAUCCCAAAGGAGACCCAAGUUCUUGUGAACGUUUGGGCAAUCGGCCGGGACCCGAAUUCUUGGGAAGACCCGUUAACUUUCAAGCCAGAGAGGUUCAUGGAGGGAAGCAAGAGGGAUUACAAGGGGCACCAGUUCGAGUUCAUACCGUUUGGCUCGGGACGAAGGAUGUGCCCUGCUGUACCGCUUGCGUCUCGUGUGCUUCCCCUGGCUCUGGGCUCACUCUUGCAUGCUUUUGAUUGGGUUCUAGCAGAUGGGAUUGAGGCUCAGGACAUGGACAUGACUGAGAAAAUGGGAAUCACGCUAAGGAAGGCUCUUCCCCUCCGAGUCAAGCCAUCCCCUUUCAAAGGACAUGCUACUGUAUAAAACUAAUCGCCUGUUCCGGUUUUUCGCUUUGUGCCUACUCAAAUUCUACAAAACCUCCAAUUCCUUCGUUGCAUCUUAAAGUCUGAAACGUGAAGUGCAUUGUUUUAAUUUCUAAGCUGCAUUUAGAAGUUUGUCAGUAUUUGUAUAUAUUAGACUGCUUUGAACUUCAAUGAGAUGUGGUCCAGAACUGCAGCAGCAUGUAA